AUGUACGAACGAGUCAGUACUCAAAGUACAUCCAGCUCAGAACAGACUGUCCCAACUGCAGAAGAAGCAGCUAUACAAGAGAAGGGAGCAAAUAAUGAAAAUACACCCAGCUCAGGGCAGACUACCAAACCAGCAGAAAAAGCACUUGUGCAAGAAAAGGGACUCAGUAAUCAAAGUACAUCCAGCUCAGAACAGACUGUCCUACCUGCAGAAGAAGCAACUGUACAAGAAAGGGGAGCCAGGAAUCACAGUACAUCCAUCUCAGAGCAGACUGACCCGCCAAGAGGAAAAGGACCUGGAAGAAACAAGGGUGUGCUUCAGAAAACUACAUCUAAUUCGGAAACUGAGAGGGGCAGUGAUGCAAAGGAAGAUAUCAUAUUUAACAUCAUUCUGCUGGGACAAACUGGGACUGGGAAGAGUGCGACUGCAAACACCAUCCUGGCUGCUGGGAAGCACCACAAGGACAAAGGCCAGGGUUUUGAAGCCAAGCCAAGCUCCAUACCAAUCACCACCAAGUGUAAGGACAAAAUAAUCAAGAUAUGUGGAACAAAAGUUAGACUGGUCGACACCCCAGACUUCUUUUAUGAAGAUAAACCUAUAGAGGAGGCACAAGUAGAGGAGUGUAAGAGGUACUGUCAGGAAGGGCAGUGUGUAGUGUUACUUGUGAUACAGUUGGGCAGGUUCACAGAUGGUGAAAUGGGAAUAUUAGAGAAACUGGAAGACAAGCUUGGCUGGAAAAUCAGGAAAAACACAAUUGUCCUAUUUACACAUGGAGAUGAUUUGAAAGGCAAAGUGGAUCAGUUUAUCGGCAACAGGAGUUCUCUCAAGCACAUUGUGGAAUCUUGUAACAAUCGUUACCAUGUAUUCAAUAACAACUCCAAGGAUACUAAACAAGUCUUGGAGCUCUUUGAGAAAUUUCAUGAAGAAAGCUUUUUAAACUCAAAACCACAUUCACAGUGCCCUUUAUUCUAGCUACUGCUGAAGGGGUGUGAAGUGCAAUUUUGUGAUGGCAUGUGAACUCAUUUU